UGUUACCAGUUUGUCUUGCUUAACAUUAAUGACUUCAGAGAACAAAGAUCCACAAGGACCCUGCAGAGGGACUGUCUAAUUUACUUGCAUACAUUUCAAAUGAGCUGAGCUCCCCCUAAAUAUAUUUAGAUAGAUGAGUUUAGGGUUAGGGUACAUGUUGGAUUGAGCUCUUAGAAUCUGUAUAAGAGAUAAGAGAAAAAAGGUUUAUAUUUUGCAGACAAAAUUGUUAUAGUCCUAAAACGUAUAAAUCACCCGUGAUGGUCUUCUGAAUACACCCACACGUGAAUUUAAGGGGCACUAUGUAGUUAUGGGGGAGAAAUUCUAACACAGAACUGUAAUAUUUACAUAAACAUGGCCUCAUUAAUAUUAAUGAGGCCAUGUUUAUGUUAAUAUUACAGUUGCCUCAUUGCCUCAUUAAUAUUAAUGAGGCAAUGAUACGAACAUAACUGAAUAAACAAGCGGUUCUCGGAGGAAAAUAAGGUCCCCAAACACUGUUUGAAGUUGGAAGGUGGCAGGGUCCGCCAAAUACAAACAAAAUAAAACAAUGUGAGACUGUGUCGCAGUCCUGUUGUUUGAGACUUGCUUUCUUUCUUGUGUGUUGGGCUGAUUUUCAGAUUCCCUCUGGACUAAUUGCAGUAGAUUCAGAUCACCUGUGUGCAGGGUAAGAAGGCUGACUCCUGACUGAGGAGUGGAAGCAGCUUGGAGUAUUCCUCUCCCAGACAGUCAUGGAGUGAUGACGGCCUUUUUGUGAGGGCUUAUAAGAGCUGGAGAAUGGCCCCUGCUGGGCCUUUACACUCAUUCUGAAUCUGUCCCUUAAAGCCUGAACUCUCUCUGGUAUAAAACUAUAAUCACUGUUAUUUUAUUUCUGUAUUUCAAGGGAGAAUAAAGGAGACCUCAAUCAAACACAACCAAAGUGAGAGCACGUGUAGCGGCAUGACUGGAUUGUCUUUGUAUUCAAAUCACUGUAACAUUCAAAUCCUCAGACACAACAACCGUAGCAGUCAAACACUGAAGAGGACGACUCCAGAAAUCUUAAGUCUUUGAUCAAAGUCAACAUGGAUGAGACUGUGAUUGUAUUACUCGCGCUUACAGGUUUCUGCAUCCCAUCCGCUUCCUCUUCACAUGUCUACUACUUUGUCAACAAGAAGAUGACUUGGUCUGACGCACAAGACUACUGCAUCGACCAUCACACCGACCUGGCCGAAAUAUAUGACAAGGAAAACCAAACCACAAUGAUGAACAGUGCUGCUGGGGGAUACAAAUACAAGGCCUGGAUAGGACUGUCCAGGAAGCUGAUCUUCAGAUGGGUGGAUGGAAAAAAAGUCACAUUUACCAACUGGCAUAUUGGUGAGCCGCACAUUGUCAAUACCAUAGAGGUGUGUGUAGUCCUGACUAAAGAUGGAUACUGGAGGGAUAACAGGUGCACCUUAUUAAGACAUCCCUUGUGUAUUCGAGGUGGACAUUACCUGUUUGGUUCAACAAGACUAACUUGGGCAGAUGCCCUUACCUACUGUAAAGAUAUAAGUGCCAGUCUGGCCACUUUCCUGGAAGGAGAUUAUGUCACCAAAGCCUGGCCGGUGGAUGGUGAUAUGGUGUGGAUUGGCCUCAGUGGACUUCGACACUGGCAUUGGUCAAAAACCGGAAAUUAUCUCACAUUCAUGAACUGGACAACUUAUGAAUUUAGUGACCAGACCGGAGAAGAAAACUGUGCAGCUGUCGAGCUGCAAAAUGGAACCUGGACUGAUGAGCAGUGCAACGCAACAUACCCUUUUUUCUGCUAUGGAAUUAAUAAAUCACAGAAAACAGUGGUGAGGAUGAAGAUCAGGUCCAACGCAAACAUGGAAGAUCCUGCAAUCAUAGCUGAUCUGCAGCAGCAGUUUCAUGCAGAAUUUGAUAAACAGGGAGUGUAUGAGGUGAAAGUGACCUGGACGAAACUGCCAGUAAAGGGGACAAAUGAUUAGAGGUACUAGUUGACCCUAUGAGAGCAACUCCCAGAAAGCUGAACCACAACGUUGCUCAAACAAAUACGGUUUACUGUAUACAGAUCUACAAGUUACUGUAGAACGCAUAGGAUAUGUUUGUCCCAUAUAAGUUAAAGACUGGACUCAGGAGCACUCAGCAUGUACAUAUCUCUGUUAAUACACAUAUAGCAGCAUGUUUGAGACAUCUUGUGUGAUAUAUACUCAAAUACUUGUUUUCCAUUUAAUUUCUCUGAUUACUGUUGUCAUUCAAUUAUUCAAUUUCUUUUUAAAACUAUCCUUGACUGUUGGUAGGUUUAUUGAUUAUGGCUGCACUGGUUUAAUAAAUAAAUCCAAUUGUAAACAAACUUGUGAGACACUGACUCUACUUCUCACUUCUGUGCAUUUGAUUAUAUUUAAGACUUUGCAUGACCUGCAGAAAGCUUGCAAUUCCAUUUGGAAGUCGGACACAUACAAAUACAAAAUCCAACUUGAACACUUUAGUAGUUUACUAUGACUAAUUGCUAUGUUACAGCCUAGUUCA